AUGAGUGUUAGAGACCCCAAGAAACUGUUUGACUUAGCCGAUCUUUUGAGUGAAAUUGAGUCUGUCGAGGAGAACCCCAUGUACAGCACAUUGUUAUCUUACUUCGACACCUCAGCUGGAAUAAACCCAAUGAUAAACAAACUCCCAGCUAACCUUCAGGAGAAGUGGGUUACAACAGCAGUAAGGUACAAAAAGACUCAUGGUGUUGUAUUUCCCCCAUUCAGCCAUUUUGUGCAAUUUAUUCACGAGUUAGCACAGGUCAAGAAUGAUCCUAGCUUCCACUAUGAAACUUCACAGACUUACACAGCCGCUAAUCGAGAACAGCAAAAAGUGAGAUACAAGGAACCCGUGCACAACACCGUGAUCACAAACAAAACUGACAUUACUCAAGGACUGCAUGAGGAGACAACUCCGAACCCGAAGCCAAGUAGCAUGGUUUCUCAUGGAUGGAGGAAGCAUGGCGUGGAAGGACCAGAACUUACAGACAAUGCUCAAAUUCAUACUCAACAACCCGUCAUGUCAAAGUGUACUCAGAUUUGCAGAAGAGCAUCCGAAUACACAGUUGAGUCCUUGGACGGCACAGCUAUACUUCAACUACCCACACUCAUCGAAUGUAACGAAAUUCCAGAUAAUAAAAACGAAAUACCGACACCGGAAGUGGCCCGAUGCUACUCACAUCUUCAAGAUAUAGCAGAGCUGAUACCACCAGUGAAUGACAGUGCAAAGACACUUCUUUUAUUGGGACGAGAUAUCAUCAGUGUUCACCAUGUGCAAGACCAGCGCAUUGGCAACUCUAGCUCUCCAUAUGGACAAAAACUUAACCUUGGAUGGGUCAUCAUAGGAGAAACGUGUAUCGGAAGAGCUCAUAAAAGUGACCAAGUGAAUGUGAACAAAACUUUCAUACUUCAUGAUGGACAACCUAGUCUACACCAUCCGUGUGUAAACAAUAUUCACAUUAGAGAAAGUAAUCUUGACUCGUUGUUUUGUGAACCAGACAGUCGUUUAUUAAUUAAAACAAAGGAUGACAACAAAUCAGGGAAGUCAACUGAAGAUCGACAAUUCGAAACUAUCAUGGCAGCUGGAAUGGUGAAAAAUGAACAGGGAAAUUGGGAGGCACCAUUACCAUUUAAACCAAACAGACCACCCCUACCAAACAAUAAAGAACUAGCAAUGAAGAGGGCAAAAUCUCUUGAAAUCAGCCUUAUCAAGGAUGAAACAAAGCGAGAACACUUUCUUACGUUUAUGUCAAAUAUACUGGACAAAGGCUUUGCAAAAGAAGUACCCAAACUACCUGACUCAGAAGAAUGCUGGUACCUGCCCAUUUUCAGCGUAUAUCAUCCGAAAAAGCCAGCACAAAUCCGAGUGGUCUUCGACUCAUCAGCCCAGUGUCAAGGCCUAUCAUUAAACCAGGCGUUACUUACUGGACCUAACCUGACCAAUGAUCUUCUUGGAAUUUUUUUACGUUUUCGUCAAGGAUCAGUAGCAGUGACAGUUGACAUUCAGCAAAUGUUUUACGGAUUCUAUGUUCGACCAGAUCACCGCAAGUAUUUGCACUUCUUUUGGUAUAAGGAAAACGACAUGAACAAGGGCCUAGUGGAGUACCAGAUGAAGGUACAUGUGUUCGGCAACACAACUUCACCUGCAGUUGCAACCUAUGCACUCAGAAAGACAGUGGAAGAAAGUGACUGUGAUGUGAAAAACUUUGUAGUGAAAAACUUUUACGUGGACGACGGUUUGUUUUCAAAUCAAACAGUUCAGGAAGCAGCAGAUUUGAUAAAGAGAACUCAGAAGGAUUUGGCAGAAAAGGGAAACCUGAAACUUCAUAAGAUCGCUUCCAACAGUUUGGAACUAAUGAAUCACUUCCCUAACCAAGACCUCUCAAAGGAAAUUCAAGAUCUCAAUUUCACAGAAGAGUACUUACCACUUCAUCAGAGCCUUGGACUAACAUGGAACUUACAAACUGACAGUUUUAUGUUCAAUAUACCUUUAGAGACAAAACCGUUUACAAAACGAGACUCAUUGAAGGAUGUUAAGAUUCAGAGAAGCUACACUUCUCAGUUACCUGAAGCUACCAAAACAGAAGUUCACAUAUUUUCCGACGCCUCGGAAAAGGCUAUUGGAGCUGUCGCCUAUUUGAAAACCUAUUUCUCAGACAACAGAGUGAAUAUUGGAUUCUUGUUGGGAAAGGCGAAGUUAGCUCCCUUGAAUGGACAUUCUCUACCCAGACUGGAGUUAUGCACAGCUGUGAUGGCUGUGGAAAUUUCUGAAACUGUUCAAGAAUCCCUUGAUAUUAGACCAGACAGUGUAGAGUAUUACACAGAUAGCCAAGUGGUUCUAGGCGACAUCAACAAUACCACCAGACGCUUCUACACGUACGUCUCAAAUCGAGUGGACCAAAUUAGGAGUCUCUCAACCCCAUCUGAUUGGAGUUACGUGAACACUAAACAUAACCCAGCCGACCUAGCUACACGCUCAGUUCCCUCAUCUAAACUUCAAGACAGUAUGUGGUUAAAUGGACCAAAGUUCUUACAGAACAGUGAGGAACAUUUUCAAUUCACAAAGUUUGGAAGCUGGAUAUCCUUGGUGAGAGCCAUUGCUCGUCUGAAACAGUUCUUCAAGUCAUUCAAGGCAAGAAAAGAGAAGACUCACUCAUCUGAACCAAAGACACUUAAUCCUCAGAUCAUGAAGGAAGCAGAAACGUUCAUUGUCAAGGAAACGCAAAGAAAUUUCUACCCCGAAGACCUGGAUGCCUUGAGGAGAAAAUGUCAGAUUAACAAGAACAGUAACAUAAUACCACUUAAUCCAUUCCUAGACUGUGACGGAACUAUAAGAGUAGGAGGACGGUUGAAAAACGCUUACCUUCGUCAGAACGAGCUGCAUCCCAUUAUCUUACCCGGACGGUCUUAUGUGGCCAAACUGAUAGUCAUGUCAUGCCACGAGAAGGUUUUCCAUCAGGGGAGACAUAUAUCGGAAGGCGCUGUUCGGUCAAGUGGAUACUGGAUCACAGGAUGUAAACGAUUAGUAUCGUCACUCAUCUAUCAAUGCGUCACCUGCAGGAAGUUACAUGGGAAAGAGCAAAAUCAACUCAUGGCUGAUUUACCCAAAGAUCGUCUGAUGGUAGGAGCCCCCUUUUUGAACAUAGGCGUCGACGUUUUCGGACCUUGGCAAGUGGUUACGCGGAAAACUAGGGGCGGAAUCGUGUACAACAAACGCUGGGCAGCUUUAUUUACGUGUUUGGGUACCCGAGCUGUUCACAUAGAGGUAUUGGAGGAAAUGACCUCUUCUUUCAUUAACGCCUUGAAACGGUUCAUUGCCAUUAGGGGCAAUGUCAAGAUUAUUCGUUCAGACAGAGGAACCAAUUUUAUCGGGACAGUCAACACACUUCAUCUUAACUGCGUAAACGUUGAAGAUACAACAGCAAAAUCUUACCUGGAAGAAAAAGGGAUCACCUGGAUCUUCAACUCGCCACACUCUUCUCACAUGGGGGGAGUGUGGGAGCGUAUGAUAAAAACAGCUAGAAGGAUCUUAGAUGCUCUACUUUUGGAUUCUUCAACUAAAAACCUGACCCAUGAAGUCUUAGUAACCUUUCUGGCGGAAGUGUCGGCAAUUAUAAACUCAAGACCAAUCACAGUCAUUUCCACGGACCCAGAAAACCCUAUUAUCCUUUCUCCAGCUUUGUUACUGACACACAAAGAUGACAGUCACACAGCAACCCAGUUUGAGUCCGAUUCAAAAUUGGACAUGAAAGAUAUCUACAGAGCUCAGUGGAAACGUGUGCAGUGUUUAUCGGAACUGUUCUGA